AAGCCUGAACAGCGCCUUCUUUAUGUAUCCCGCUACCUGCAUCCACCGAGCUGGCCUGCAUGUUCCCGCUCUGCUGUGUGCUUUUCAAGCACCCGGGGUCUUCAAAGCUACCCGAAUCCUUUUGGGGCAAAGUGAGGACCACAGAAAUGCUGGUGGUUGUCAGCACAACAAAAAUAGAACUCCUUCCAACACAGCUGAACUAUAAAAUCUAAUGAUGUAACACCACCCACACCCCCAUCACAAACCAAAGUGACAUCACAAAUGCUGGAGAGAAUGAUUCAGGACUGCCUGCUUUGGGGGCCAGCUCCCAACAAACUGCGCUUGGCCCAUACGUGACUGAGGCAGAGAAAGCAUCCCAUCUACAUGAGGCGAGAUACCAGCAUCCCCAACUAUGGCCUCCGAAGGUCUAUCUUACUCAACUCCCGGUUUCAGGACUGCUAUGUGGACUCACCAGCUCUCACCAACACCUGGACGGCAAGGACCUGCUCAGAGCAGACAGCGGCCGCCCCGACGCCAGGUGCCACCUCUUCCUGGGAGGUCGUGAAGAACCCACUCAUCACCAGCUCCUUCUCCCUGGUCAAGCUAGUGCUCAGGAGACAACUGAAGGAUAAAUACUGCCCAGGACCACACCAGUUUGGGAAAGCAAAAGCCUCCAGGAGACUAAAGCCCAAAGACAGCUCAGCAGUGAAGCCCGUGCAGCGGGGCAGGAUAAGGAAGUCGAUCAGUCCUGAGGGCGAGUGGCCAGGGGAGCAUCAGCUGGCCUCAUGCAGCCAUGGGGGGCUGGCAGGAGACCCCAACCAGAGUAAAGCAAGUUCAAAGGAGGGAAAAACCACAGUCGGCCAAGAUCCUGAGAAGAGAUAUGCUGACCAUGAGGCCGCCACCCAAGUGCUGCCCCGGGACACUGGGACAGCGGUCUGGAAGGGUCACACACUGCCUCCUGAAGCCAGAAAGACACCGCCGUCGUCGUCAGAGGACACGCUGACUAUUCACGGCCUCCCCACCGAGGGCUACCGGGCCUUGUACCACGCUGUGGUUGAGCCAAUGCUGUGGAACCCCUGGGGGACGCCCAAGAGAUACAGCUUGGAGCUGGGGAAAGCCAUUAAGCAAAAGCUCUGGGCUGCUUUGUGCUGCCGGGCCGGCAGGCCUGAAGGUGACCAGAAAGAGCCUCUGUUGCCCAGCAAGUGGCCGGAGGCCCAUGAGGAACCGCCCGUGUACAAGAAAUGGCCCAAACUGAAGGGGGAGGCACAGAGCCGGGACUCGGGGGAUCCGGAUACUCUGCUACACGUCUGAGAAAUAAACACAGCUUUGCACCUUC